CAGUCAUAAAUUCAGAACAUUAUUAAAAUAUUAAAAUGCUCAAUUUGGAGACGAUUUUUAUUUCAAAAAUGUUUGUGCUUCUGAUGUCGGUGGAAUUCGUUGCGACGGUUAAGUCAUGUCAGCGAGUGCCGCAAAUAAACGCUACAGACAUUAAACAUCCCCUUCAGAGGUGCAUUUCUCAAUGUCUCGGCCUCCCCAGCUUCAGCAAAAACUGCACCAUAAACUACAAAACGGGUGGCUUUGUGGACGAGCCUUGUCAAGGAAAGGAGCGAUUUGAACCAACAUGGAUUAAGGCCGAUCAGAAAAUUUUGGUCUGCCUUUUGGACGAACUAGUGGACUCUUUUGACACGAUAAAAAUGCUGCAGCUCAAUUUGUGUACGCACAUAUCAAUGGGGCCGUGGUUUUUCUACGAUCCAGACACAAACAACAUCAGUCAGCGCCAAAUUUUGAUAGACCGUUUCAACAAAACGAAGGUGUUUGCGCAAAAACAAGGCAUUCCUGUCAUCAUGAAUUUUGGCAGCAUGGAACCAGGCGACGGCAUGGACGGUGUCACUUUUUCAAAAGUCGCCGCCGAUGCCAAUCUACGGACCCAACUGAUUAAGAAGAUGCUCCAACUUGUCGAUGAGUACAAAUUUGACGGAAUCAACGUGCGUUGGUAUUAUCCGGGCUGUUUUGUCGUGAAUUAA